UCAAGCGUCACUGUUCAACACGGACGUUUUUAUCGGUGACACCGAGUCUGAAGCUGCGCUACGUUUUGUUUUUAGCUGUAUAUCAUUUGCUGGCCCAGUGAGUGUCAGGAUGGAGCCCACCUGCCGUAAGGACAAACCCAAGCUGAACUCCACCCCAACCAGAGGAGACCGAGCCAAGCACAAGUCCGCUCAGCAGGAGCUGAAGCAGAAACAGAGGGCUGAGAUAUAUGCUCUGAACAAAGUGAUGACGGAGCUGGAGCAGCAGCAGUUUGAGUCCUUCUGCAAACAGAUGCAGUCACAAGGAGACUGAUGGUCAUGCUGACGUGUCCUUUUUAUCUGUCACUGUUACAGACGUCAAAUCACAGUUUGUUGUAGCUGUACAUGCAUUUAUUUGUACGCUGACGGUUCAGAACAGUUAUUACAGCUGAUACUGCUCCCAGAACAGGUGCUUGUUUUAUUUAACUGCAUUUUGUUUUAACUGCCGCAACAGGAAAAAUAAAGACAAAACGUUCUAAACCUCAAACAAAUUGGUUGGUUCAAAAAA